CUCUGUCUCUCUCUCUCUCUCUGUCUCUCUCUCUCUCUGUCUCUCUCUCUCUCUCUCUCUCUCUCUUCUCUCUCUCUCUCUCUCUCUCUCUCUCUCUCUCUCUCUCUCUCUCUCUCUCUCUCAGCUGAUCCCUCAAUUCACCGUCCGUCCUCGUCUUUUGCUCUUUCUCUCUUUCCGGCCAGCUGUCCAUCCUCCGUCUAUCAUCAGUCUUUUGGGUUUUUGCUGGUUCUUCUCGUCUCCCAAAUAUUUCCCUUUAUUUCUCUUCUACCCUAACCCUUUCCCGCCCUCUCUUCCCUCCGGGUCGAGAUAUGAAGUGGCACCAUGGGUUUCAUGGAGUUCUACCUGGAGAUUGACCCCGUCACCCUGAACCUCAUCAUCUUGGUCGCCAGCUAUGUCAUCCUGCUCCUGGUCUUCCUCAUCUCCUGCAUCCUGUACGACUGCCGGGGCAAAGACCCCACCAAGGAGUACGCGCCCGACAACACGCCGGCGCCGCCCAGCCAGUCGCCCAUUCGCCUGGUGGUCAUGCAGAACUCGCCGGCCUCGUCCCGCUAUGAGCCCAACAACACGGCGGCCCACGGAGAGCUGCCAACGCCGGACCUGAGCCGGGACCGAGGAGACAGGGAGCGAGAAAGAGAGAGAGAGAAGAGGAGCACUUUGGUGUGAGGAAGAAGAGUGAGGAAGAGGAAGGUUUCAGACUGUCGACCAUGAAGUGCUGCUGUGUCACUUGGUUUUAAUUUGAAUCUUUAACUUCCAUCGAUGGUGACGAUGAGCAGCUGAGGUCAGCAGGAGGAGUCGCCCUCACCUGGUGAAAAUAAAAAACCCAAAGCCCCUUGAAUUCCCACCAACAGCCUCCAUCAACCUGCAGCACGAACGCCACCUGAUGUGACCUCAUCACGCCGCAGGACGCACAGAACAGUCACGUCCACUAACAUCCACUAAUGUCCACUAAUGUCCAGCAGGCCUAAUCUCAGAGGGACGAGACUGUGAGACACAUGGACACAGAGGGCGGAGCUCUAACUCGUCACUGUCGUCGUUGCGUUAAGUUCCCCCUCACAUCAGUGACGUGACUCAUUUCACAAGAACAAAGACAGAACUUUAUGAAAUCACGAGGUUCUCUCUGGAGUUUCUCAUCUUCUGGAUCUAAAUCUUGAACCAAUCUGAUGUUAAACUUUAUUCUUGUAAUUUCUGAAUAGUUUUUCUCUUUAAGUGAAUAAUACUCCAUCGUACUUCUGGAUCUAAUGUUAAAAGAUCCUUUUACCAACAUUUCAGAUUUGUGAUCCUGAAAUGAGACACAGAACAAAAUGUGAUUCUGCUGCAGGUGAAUUUAUUCAUCACCGAUUUUUAUUAUUUUGUGCAAAAAUGUUGUGAUUUGUUAGUUUUAUGAUAAAAUCUCUGAAGAGAUAGAAUCAAAUGUUUUUUAAUGUGAGAAACAAACAGAUUCUUUUCUUUUCUGAACAUCAGAAACUGAAGGUGAAUGUUUCCAAAUACUGUUGCUGCAGGGCCGUAGUUUUGGAGUUCGGAGGUUCGGGGCCAAAUCUAAUUUAGCCCCCCGAAAAAAAACUCCUGAGAAACUGAAAAUACUUAAUCUGAGAUGUGACGGUGAAAAAGACAAACUGGUUUAAUCCCUCCUCUUCCUGAAACGGCUAAAAUCCCGACCCCCCCACACACACGUCAGGCCAUCCUCUCUGCUGAUUGGCUGUGGCAGCGAGUGACAGAUGAUCCGAGUCUGUAACGGACUCGUGCCACCGAGGCGCUCGCUGUGACAAAUCCCCUUACAUAAAAAACAGCACAGAGCUGAGUGAGCCAAUGGCUGCGUCCCGUCCCUGAUAUGAAUUACAUAACGACCCUCCCCUCAUAUUUCAUGUUGGAUUAUAAUCUGAGUAUUAGAGAUGUAUUAAGUAUUUGUUUUUCCCCUCUGCUGUUUUUUUGACGGGGGAUGGUUUUACAUAAGCUUCAGUUCGUCGACGUCGUGUUCAGACCUGACGGCUCAUCUGAUGCCGACAUGAGGCUCAGAGAGCCGCCGCCGCCGCCGCCGCCGCCGCCGCCGCUGCCGCCGCCGCCACACGCAAAGCCAGAGAUCUGACAGGAAACUACAAGAAAAACUCAUCUGUUCGUCUGUGACAUCAGAGGCUCAAUGAAGUUACUGUCCAUUAAAACAGUUUUUUAACUUUUUAACGUUCACCUACAGAAUAAAAACAUCCUGACAGAAGAAGGUGAAUCUUCAAAAGACCAACGUUUCUUUUUCAGAGUCAGAUAUCUGAUCCCUCAAUAAAACCUGAUAAAGACUCUUCAGAAAAAGAUGAUCAGACAAACAUUUAUUUAAAGUCAGCUUUGAUUUUUUUGUUUGGUCCAUGUCCCAUCUGCUAACAUGGAGGAGGUAGGGUUUAUGACCUAUACUGCAGCCAGCCACCAGGGGGCGAUUGAGACACUUCGGCUUCACAUUUGUGAUUGUUUAUUUUUUAUUUAUGAUCUAAACAUUCACAGUAAUGGACCUGAGUUUAGUGAAAAUUUAUUUCAUGUAUAUUUGACAUCAACGUUCAUGUUAAGAAAAAUAUAUGGAAGGUUUUCUUUGUGUUGUUGUUGUAAUACUCAAUCUAUCCACAAGAGGCUGUAGUGCAUGAUCCCACUCUAAUAAAAACUAAAGGUUUAUGAAUCUGUUAAUUAUUUUCUUUAAUAUAUAUAUAUAUAUAUAAUAAUUGUACUACGAUACAUAAUAAACUGUUGUGUGGAUUUUUCAUUUGGAAAAAUGCUCCUGGUAAAAUCAAAUAAAAAUUCACUGGCCUCUCAGGACUUCUGUAUAACUCUGGUUCAGAUACUACUACUACAAAUAAUAGUAAUAAUACUUAUAACAAUAACAACAACACAGAGUGAAAACAAAACUAAUAUUGUUUUAAAAACAUUUAAUUGAUUGGUUGUCUCAUUGUUGUCGAACAGCUUUUGUGUAAAACCAAUAAUGUGACCAGAAUUUAACAACAAAUGUGUAAAUUCAUUAAUAAUAAUUAAACGAAAGCUGAACUGUGUUUUUAAUAUGAACAUGAUUGAAAGAAUUUGAGCUGCAACACAAAUAAAAUCAGUGAUUCUCUGAUAGUUCAUCGUUUUGUGAUUGUUUUUCAAGAAGUAAAGAGUUUUUUGCAGAUUUAUUAUUUUAUUACUAUUUGUAUACUUUCUCCGCGACGGAUAUUAUGGGAUGUAUCAGGUAGUUUUACUGUGAUGCGUUUCCCAUUGUUUCUGUUGUGACCUGCUGCUGCCACCCAGUCACUGUGGCGGUGCUGCCCCCUGCUGGUCUCACAUAGACUCACUGUUCAUACAACCAGACUUUUACAAUUUGUCCUGAUGUCUUUUGUAUUUUAUGUGAAGCACUUUGAACAGACGUGUGUGGUUUGUCAUGUUUUCUCUAUAAUAUACACGUUCAUUCACUUUCAGUUUAUAAUUAAUGCUUAUGAAUUUAAAGACUAAAUGUAAUAUUGGUCCAUCAUAUUACUACACAAUCAUAAUUUUUAACAUCAAAUAAAAAUUGUAAAAAAAUAUCAUACAUUUCUAAGAAAUAAAAAAGGAUGCAGCUACUUAAAGUUUAAUGUUUGUUGAACUUCAAUAAAAUCAUUAAAAUCC